UUGUCACACUGGAAAAAAUUGAAAAUUAGCAACGUUUAUCAGUUCAUUUACACUGCAGCUUUUGGAAUUAAUUGAUUGAUCACUGUGUGUACUCUUGUUGAGCUUUCUCGAAGAGUGCAGAAUAGCCGCAUGUAGAGCUCCUGAUGAAGGUGUGUAGGUAAUACUCUCAGUGCCCUGCAAGACGCCAUGUCUGAAGAGGCGCAUUCAGAAAGUGACUUGGAGGCUAGCUUUAACAGUGAAGAGGAAGAUUUUGAAAAUGAGGAAGAGGAGGACAUUGAUGACAUGGAGGAAGAUGAAGAUGAAAACGAUGGAGAUGAUGAAGAUGACAGUGUUGAACGGCCUAUGAGUGCCCAGAGCCACCCAGAAACAGCCCAGGAUGGUAGGAACUCCACUUCACCCACUUCUGGAGAACCUUCCUCUGAGCCUUCGUCUCAGCCUGCAUCCCGGCCAUCCUCCAGGCCUCCCUCCAGACCUGCGUCUAGGUCCCAGCCUCCAGAAAGUCCACAGAACUCAAAUCAGAGCAAGCCCAGCAAAACAAAGAAACAGAAAGCUUCUAAGUUAACCAAAAUGAAGUCUUCAAAAGGUUCCAAACCUUCCAAGCCAUCGAAGCCAGCACACAUGAGGAAGAAUAUUAGAAAACUGCUAAAAGAAGACCAGCUGGAGGCUGGGACCAAGGCUGCUCAACAGGAAGAGAUGGAGAGGCGAAAACGUCUGGAGCAGCAGAGAAAAGACUUUCCUGCUCCAGCCCCAAUCAUUCCAGAGUCUCAACUAGUGGACAGUUCUUCGAUUUUAGGAGAAGUAUCUCAUUUGGUCCCUGCUCUCCUGAGUAAGCAGGAUGUGAUCUGUCUGGACAGCAGUGGUGAUGAAAAUGAAACAAUAGAGUCCAAGUUGCCUACACUGGCCACUAGAGAUGAUGUAAUUGAGCUGAGUUCUGGGGAUGAGGAUGCUCUGCAGAUAAGCAGUGAGUCUGCUGAUGAAGAUGCUGAUGCUGCUGCCGGUUCAGAGGAAAGCAGCGGGGCACACAUCAAUGAUGCUCUGAACCUACCUGAUGCCCAGGGUCAAGUGCUGGUUAAUAUCAAUCAUCCUGCAGAGGAAAAAGAUAUCUAUCUUGCUCCACAACUGGCAAGGGCAGUCAAACCACAUCAGAUUGGGGGAAUCCGAUUUCUCUAUGAUAACCUCAUUGAGUCUCUGGAGCGUUAUAAGACCAGCAGUGGCUUUGGUUGCAUCCUUGCUCACAGUAUGGGUUUGGGCAAGACACUACAGGUCAUUUCCUUCAUUGACAUCUUACUGAGGAAUACUGAAGCUCACACUGUGCUGGCCAUUGUCCCUGUGAACACACUUCAGAACUGGAUGACUGAGUUUAACCUCUGGCUGCCUUCACAAGAAGCCCUUUCCCCUGACAUUGACCCCACUCUAGUCACAGGACGGACUUUCAAAGUUCACAUUCUCAACGAUGAGCACAAGACAACACUGGCCAGGGCCAAGGUUGUGGAGGACUGGUCCAAAGAUGGAGGUGUGUUGCUCAUGGGUUAUGAAAUGUACCGACUGUUGUCCAUGAAGAAGAGCUUUGUUAUGGGAAAGAAGAGGAAAUCGAAGAAACCUGUUGGGCCAAUUAUUAUUGACCUGGAUGAGGAAGAUAGACAACAAGAGCUUAUGAAAGGUAUUGAAAAGGCAAUUGCGCGGCCUGGCCCAGAUGUGGUCAUUUGUGACGAGGGCCACCGAAUUAAGAACUACCAUGCUAGCACAUCACAGGCCCUAAAAAACAUUAGGUCACGACGGAGAGUAGUUCUCACUGGUUACCCAUUGCAGAACAACCUUAUUGAAUACUGGUGCAUGGUGGACUUUGUUCGGCCUGACUUUUUAGGCACACGUCAAGAGUUUAGCAACAUGUUUGAGCGGCCCAUUCUGAAUGGGCAGUGCAUGGACAGCACUCCUCAAGAUGUGCGCCUAAUGCGUUACCGAAGCCAUGUUCUGCACAGUCUGCUGGAGGGUUUUGUCCAGAGACGAGGUCACGACGUGCUGCGGGACCAGCUUCCCUCUAAGGAGGAACAUGUUAUUUUGGUGAGGCUUUCUCCCAUUCAGAGGGCGCUGUAUACUGAGUUCAUGAAACGCUUCAGAGAAGCAGGAAACACUGGCUGGCUUGGUCUCAACCCACUCAAAGCCUUCUGUGUAUGCUGCAAGAUAUGGAACCACCCAGAUGUCCUUUAUGAGGCCCUGCAGAAAGAGAACCAAUCAAAUGAGCAAGACCUGGACCUCGAUGACAUUACUUCGGCGAGUAACCCCCGCCCUGCACCCAGUGCUGGCCUUAAGGCUAAAGUUGCCGACUCAAGCAACAGCAAAGUCAACAGCACACUACCGCCACUCAAUCCCUCUCAAGAUCGAGCCAAUCAGGUCAUCACAUAUGAGUGGGCGAAGGACAUAAUGUUCAACUACCAAACAGGAGUUCUGGAAAACUCUGCUAAGAUGGUUCUUCUCUUCCAUUUGAUCGACGAGAGUGUGAGAAGAAGAGACAAGAUUUUGGUCUUCAGUCAAAGCUUGUCCACCCUGACAGUUAUUGAGGACUUCUUAUCAAAGAGACCCAUGCCAACAGACAUCACCACCUCUGACACUCAGAACCCAAACUGGGUUCGCAACCUCAAUUACUACAGACUGGAUGGGAGUACAUCAGCCUCAGAAAGAGAGCGACUUAUCAAUCAGUUUAAUGAUCCAGAGAACAACACAGCUUGGGUCUUCCUCCUGUCAACCAGGGCGGGCUGCUUGGGUGUUAAUCUGAUCGGGGCCAAUCGUGUCGUUGUGUUUGAUGCCUCCUGGAACCCUUGUCAUGAUGCCCAAGCAGUGUGUAGGGUGUACCGUUACGGUCAGAAGAAACCCUGCUGCAUUUACCGCCUUGUCUGUGACUUCACCUUGGAAAAGAAGAUCUAUGACAGACAAGUCUCAAAACAGGGAAUGUCUGAUCGAGUGGUUGACGACCUGAACCCAGUGCUCAACUUCACUCGUAAGGAAGUGGAGUCAUUGCUGCACUUUGUAGAGGAGGAGCACGUGGACGGUAAAAUAUCCAUGGACUCCACAGUGGAUUUUGAGCCAGUGAUGCAGCAGGCCUGUCAGCUUUACCCACACCUCAUAACUAAGAAACCUUUCCAACAUGAGUCUCUGUUAGUGGACCGCAAGGAGUCAAAACUGACCAAGGCAGAAAAGAGAGCUGCAAAAAAGAGCUAUGAGGAUGAGAAACGAGCCUCUGUGCCUUAUUCUCGUCCCUCAUAUGCACCAUAUUACCCAACCAGUGAUCAGCAACUCACAAACAUACCAGCAUUUAACCAACGCAGCUGGCGUCCAAUGGUACGGCCAGAUGACAAGCCUGUGGCAAGUGUCAGGCCAAUCCAGUCAACUCCAAUCCCCAUGAUGCCUCGCCAGGUUGGCAUGGGCAUUCCUGGCUCCAGCUCUGCUGGCAGUCUUCCUGUCAACUUCCUGCAGAAAGCUGGAGUUUAUGUACAGAGAAUUGUGACCACAACUGACAUUGUUAUUCCAGGAGCUAACAGCACUACUGAUGUUCAAGCACGAAUCAGUGCAGGAGAGAGCAUCCAUGUUAUAAGAGGAUCUAAAGGUACCUAUAUCAGGACAAAUGACGGAAGGAUUUUUGCUAUUCGAUCUGGAAAGAUCAGUAGACCUGCAGUUGGAGGCUCUGCUGCUUCUAGAGACUCCCAGGGUUCCCUCAUCCAUCCAGUUAGUAAUGGCUGCUCAUCCCCUGUGGAGCAACAGCAGAGUUCUCCGGAUGGGGAGCAGCGGCCUUCCUCUCCCUUGAGCUCAGAGAUUCUGAGAGAGCUCAGCUGCUACACUACAUCCACAGGUGACGCCCCCGCUGGAAUGGGGAAUGAAUUGCUGUCACCGUCAGAUGUACCCACGGGGCCAGCGGGGGACAUAGGAAGUUCACAAAACAAUCAGAUUGCUGAACUCAGUAGACACCUCAGUGAUGACCUUCUGAGCUCUGCACUGGAGAUGCGAGGCAUCAAACGAAAGAGUACUGAAAGCCAUGGCAGCACACCACAGGCAGGAAAACGCACCUCUGCUGCAACACGCUUCCCUGGGCUGUCUGUGGGCUCCAGUGGGCUCAGUUUUCCACCAAUGGGUCUGAACUCUUCAUCUCUGUUAGGAAACCUGGGGCACAUGAGUCACCCACUCCUAAUGAGUGGCAGCGGCGGGUCUUCAUUUCUUCAGACACCUGGACAAACACUGGCUGACCUACAGACCAUGUUUCCCUCUACAGGCUCAGACUUACUGAGACAGUCAGCCACAGGGAACGGACACCUCCCCACCCCCUCAUCCUCCUCCCUGUCUACCAUUUUCUCUUCUGCUUCCACCACCAUUCCUAUAUCAUCUACACCCUCAGCAGCAACUUCCUCCUCCCACUCAUCUGGUUCCUUGCCUCCAUACUUGAUGAAUCCCAACAUGGCUGGGUUGCUUUCAUCAGGUUUCCCUCUCACCUACAGUCAGUCGUUGCUCUCUGAGCCAAGGAUGUUCUCUGCUCCUCUUCUCUCCAGCUCAGGGGCUUUCACUGCCACAAACCCAAGCUCCACUGCAUCGAGUUUCCUUUCACAGUUCAACAACCCCACCUCGAGUCUGUUGGGGGCAGCUCUGACCCAGCCGGACACACAUCAGAGUACAGAGAACGGCGGUAGUAGCUCUGAUGAUGACGUCAUAGAGGUGACAGGACAGUAGGCCUUCGACAUUCAAGAGACAGAUUUUCCACAAAAUCUCACAUACUUUUACAGUAUCUGCUCUCACACUACAGCUUAGGAUCAUUUUCCAGACAACAUUCAAUAAAAUCAAGUGACAUAUGCUGUGAAAACUGGUACUGGGGUUAGACCGGUUAUCAAUUCACUGAACUAAAUUGAAUUCUCAUCCCUAACAAUCGUAAUGCAGUUCACACACUCAAACAUAAACACACAUCUCAAUCCAAUAAUACUCAAACUUGUACCUUGACAACUUUACAAAGUCACAUUAACAAAUCUGUAUGCUGAAUAAAUAUCCGACUUGUUCAGCUGGAGCCACAGAGCAGCGGGAACAGAUCUUUGUCAUGCAGGGGCCAGCUGAAACUUUCCAGGGCUUUCUAAGCACAGCCUCACCUGUCAGUUUUUAAACAAGGCCUUCACUUGUAAUUAGUUUUGUUUCUUCUGAAAUCGGGUGAAUUAAUGAUAAAAGUCAAGUCUUGGUGGAUUUUCUUAUGAUAUAGUGUUGUGAAAUCACUUUGUUACAUUUGGUAGCCACAUCGACCUUAACAGUUUUCAACAGUUUCUGCUCGUAUUAAACAAAACUGAAAAGCUGCAAUAAAUAGAAACAUGCAGUGGUGAUGCUUCUCAAAAGUCACUUUGACAAUAUAUUAAGAGAAAAUCCCUGAAGGCUAACUUUCAAACUUUCAGAGCAUAUUAUAGUCUUAGCAAUUUGAUAGGCAUUGUAGCAUCCCCUGUUGAAAGAUACUAUGUGUGAUACUAUAACUGAGUAUGUUGAUAUUUUGUAAAUAGUCAUUAUCAUUGUUUAUAUUGCAAGUCAAUACUGUGCAGUGUGUAGAUUUUGGUUGAAGGGAAAUGGUUUAAUAUUAUAGUGACUAUUACGACAACAAACAAACUUACGUUCAACUUCCAACUUUUUUAUUUUCUUUUAAACUAAAAUGAAUGUAUUUUCAUGUUAGCCAUUGAUAACACAGGGACUGGAACAGAUUCGGACUGUGUUCUUUGAUGUUUAGCCUUAAAUAACACAAAGAGUUUGUUAGUCUUCGCAUUUAUGUCAGCACGUCAUUUUUCUACAAAUUGGAAGAACUUCUGAGCAGUUAGACUGUCAAUGUCCAACUCAAAACACAAGUUUAGGUCAGAUUCAGCACAGUGAUGGAAGGUAUCACAUGGGUGGGCUAAAUUAAAUGCAAAACAAAUUUUAAUAAUGAUUGGGGGAUGGUGUGUUUUUACUUAGAAGUUGCCACCAUGUUUGUGGAGUCAUAAUUUUCAGAAACUCUUUGAGAACAAACAUUACCUAAACUGUAAAACCAUUGCAUUUGUGCAGCCUGCAUGUCAAUAUCUUAAGUCGCUGUAGCCACCAACCAUACUUAAGAUUUCAUUACAACCACCAGUGACCGUGCAGAAGCCGGUCAGGUGGUGUGGUGGCCUUACCAGACUGACAGUGCCAUAAUGUGGUAGCUUUUCACAGAGAUGCAUCGUUCAAAGCAGUGCAGUGUAAGUAGCUUCUGUCAGUAGUGUCAGUCAUUGUGGGUCUGCGGUGCUUUAGGGAGUUUAGGUCUUCACUGUUCUCUGUAGCCUUGUGUUUCUGUGUAGUGAUGACACCUCAAGGUAUUUAGAUUUAGGGAAGUCCAUUUCCUGGUACAGUAGGCUAGAUGCAGUGGUUAUUAGCCUUUAGAAAACACUGGAGAACCUGAGACAACAGAUCAUUCCCUGUUCAGUAACUGUUUUUGUACCAUUUUCUUGCGGGGACCUUUGGUUCCCACAGUUUGAGUACCGUCCCUUUUUUUGUUUGCUACUGGCUUCCAUUUCCUGUCACUUUUAAUUUCUCUCAUCAAAGAUAUCUCCCAGUUUAAGCAUGUCUCCAAAGCUUGUCAUUUGAUUAGUUUCAGAUCUGAAGGUAGAGCCGGCACUUUAAAAAAAAAAAAAAAAAAAAAAAAAAAAAACAUAUCUGCUUGUGAACUGUAAAAGGUACACUAUGUUGACCCCAUACCUUUAUUCUCGGACUCAG